AUGUCCGACCAGUACCUUAGCUCCACGCCUCGAGACCAGGACUCCGAGGGCCGCGAGGCUAUCCUGGCCCAGCAUCUCAACCCCCAGUUCACAGCCUCACUGCAGGAGGAGAGCUUUGCUCCGUCAGAAACGGCUAGCGGAGGUGCGGAGGACACCCCGGAGCCGCAGUCCUCCCUCUUACUUCAAGGCGGCGACAUACACCGUGACCUUUACCGGAUCGAAGCCAAGUCGAAGCUGGCGAAGAUAGACAAACGGGCCGCAAGCUUUUCUUUCCCCCCAAGGCAGCCCGAAGAUGCAAUAGAAGAGGGUGUUGCUGCUCUGGAGCCUGGCAGCUUCCGUCGCCAUUUCGUGCAACACCACAAGAACGGCAAUUUCGAUUACCCGGGCGUGACGACGUCCUUUCUUGAUUUCCUCGAUCUAUAUGGCAACUUUGCUGGCGAGGAUUUAGCAGAGACUGAGGAAGACUCCGUGGUUAGCGAAGACCGGGAGAGCCGGACAUUGCCAUGGGAGCAAACCCCCUUGAUACAGAGGGCCCGGCGGCGUUCACGAGUCGGCCGUCCAGGCGACGCGUCCAAUAUGAAGACCUUCUUCACGCUGCUGAAGGCUUUCGUUGGCACGGGGAUUAUCUUCCUGCCCAAAGCGUUCCGCAAUGGAGGCAUUUUAUUUUCCUCGAUUACGCUAGUGACGGUUGCGCUGAUCACCACUGUAUGCUUUCACCUUCUCCUCCAGUGCCGCCGACAAUAUGGCGGAGGUUAUGGCGACAUUGGGGAGCGGAUCGCAGGAUCCCGUCUUCGGUCCCUUAUCCUCUCAUCCAUCACCAUCUCUCAGAUCGGCUUCGUGUGCACGUGCUUCAUCUUCACCGCCGAGAAUAUUCAGGCCUUCUUGAAGGCUAUGGCGACCGAUAUAUCGACGGGCAGUUUGAUCUUGCUCCAAUUGCUCGUGCUCAUUCCUCUGGCAUGGAUUCGGAAUAUCUCUAAGCUGGGUCCGGCAGCGCUGCUUUCCGACGUGUUCAUUCUCCUGGGACUAGGAUACAUCUACUGGUAUGACAUUGCGACUCUCAUAAAGCGGCCGGGAGUAGACCCAACCGUCGAGCUAUUCAACCCGCAGUCAUUCACGCUAACCAUCGGCUCGUCGAUAUUCACAUUCGAAGGAAUUGGUCUCGUGUUGCCGAUCCAAUCGUCAAUGAGAAAGCCGCAGCAUUUCGACCGUCUCCUCUACAUCGUCAUGGCGAUCAUCACCACGCUCUUCACAGCAGUCGGCGCAUUAUCGUAUGCUACAUUCGGUACCCGAACUCAGACAGAGAUCUUCAGCAAUUUCCCCCAGACAGACCGACUCGUCAACACGAUCCAAUUUCUGUAUUCCCUCGCAAUCCUGGUUGGGGCUCCAAUUCAGCUGUUUCCCGCUACCCGUAUCAUGGAGGGCAAGCUCUUCGGGCACAGAUCUGGGAAAGGCGACCCGUCGAUCAAGUGGAAGAAGAAUAUCUUUCGAAUGUUCCUCGUUCUCUGCUGCGGAUUCAUAUCCUCCGUUGGUGCGGGUGACCUGGACAAGUUUGUUUCCAUCAUCGGGUCGUUUGCAUGUGUUCCGCUGGUAUAUAUCUAUCCGGCGUAUCUGCAUUGGAAGGGCGUGGCUGAGUCUCCGUGGGAGAAACGGGGAGAUAUUGCGAUGAUGACGCUUGGUUUCGUGUUCAUGGUCUACACGACUUUCGCUACGCUGGCUGUUUGGGUCCAAGGCAGUCCGUGA